AUGUCUGACGAAGGUUCAUCAACUCCAAAGUCGAAAAGUAUGGAGCCUACUGCAUCCAUUUCGAGUAUAGAAAUUAAAGGUGAUGCCGAUCAUAUCGAAGCUGCUAGUUUUGGUAGUGGUAGUGGUGAAAAUGUUGAUGAUUAUAUCAACAAAUUCUUGGAUAUGUCCAAUGAAGCUAGAGAUGAAGAUCAAAGAGAUAAAAAUAUGACUCUUUCUGAAGGUCUUAAAAUGUUCCCAAAGGCUUGUUUCUGGUCUGUCGUCUUAUCUGCUGCUAUUAUUAUGGAAGGUUACGAUACCAACUUGCUUGCAAGUUUCUAUGCUUAUGAAGGGUUUGCAAGAAAAUUCGGUAAAUAUUAUCCUGACUUGGACCAAUACCAAGUUCCUGCUAAGGAUCAACUUGGUUUGUCUAUGUGUUACCAAACUGGUGCCUUGGUUGGUGUUUAUAUUGGUGGUGUCUUGCCUGAUAGAAUUGGUUACAAACGUACUAUUAUUCCUGCUUUGAUGGUUACUAUUGGUUUGAUUUUCAUCCAAUUCUUUGCCCCUAAUGUCGAUGUAUUGAUGGUUUCAUUUGUCUUGUUGGGUAUCAACUGGGGUAGUUAUCAAACCAUGUGUGUUGCCUAUGCUAUGGAUAUUUCACCAACCCCAUUACGUAUUUAUCUUACUACUUUUGUCAACUGUUGUUGGGUCAUUGGCCAAUUGAUUUCUUCUGGUGUCUUGAAAGGUAUUUCCGGUCUGACUGAUCCUAAUGCUUGGAGAAUCGGUAUUGCCAUUCAAUGGGCUUUCCCAGUACCUAUCAUUAUUGCUACUGCACUUGCUCCAGAGCUGCCUUGGUUCUUGGCUCGUACUGGUCAAUUUGAAAAAGCUAAGCGUUCAUUAACCCGUUUAUUAUCUGACAACAAAAACAUGCCAAGUAAAGAUAUCAUUGCUCAAAGUAUGUUGGUUAAAAUUCAAAUGACCAUCAAAGAAGAAGAAGCUCUUGCCACCAGUGGUUCUAUCAUUGAAUGUUUCAAGGGUUCCAACUGGAGAAGAACUAGAAUUGCUGCUAUUGUGUGGUUGAUUCAAAACAUUACUGGUUCAAGUUUGAUGGGUUACUCUACUUAUUUCUACCAAAAUGCCGGUGUUGACGUCUCCAUGUCUUUCACUUUCUCAAUUAUUCAGUACUGUUUAGGUAUUGCUGGUACCAUUGGUUCUUGGUUCUUGUCUCAGAGAUUGGGUCGUUUUGAAAUUUACUUCUACGGUUUGAUCAGUAUUGUUGUCUUGUUGACUCUUACUGGUGGUUUGGGUUGCUCCAAUUCCAAAUCUCUUAGUAUGGGUGUUGGUAGUAUGCUUAUGAUUUACACUUUUGUGUACGAUUUAACCAUCGGUCCGAUGUGUUACUGUAUUGUUGGUGAGAUGCCAUCUGCACAAUUGAGAUCCAAAACAGUUAUGAUUGCAAGAAAUAUUUUCAAUAUUGCUGGUAUUGUUGUUGCAAUUGUUACUCCAUAUAUGUUGAACCCAACAGAAUGGAACUGGAAAGCCAAGGCUGCAUUCUUAUGGGCUGGUCUUGCACUCUUAUCUGCCAUCUGGGUUUACUUUGAAUUGCCAGAAACUAAGGGUAGAACAUUCGCAGAAAUUGAUAAAUUAUUCCAAGAAGGUGUUCCAGCUAGAAAAUUCAAACAUACUAUUCCAAAGACUUUCGAUAGUGGUGAAAUGAUGGAAAAAUUGGGUGAUAAUGGUGUUAAAGCCGCUGCUCAAAAUGUUGAAGAUAUCGAAAAUGUUUCCAUUGCUGAAAAAGCUUAA